AUGCCAUUCUUUCAAAAGCUCCAGAACGAUCUUCAGGCCGAAAUCAAACUGAACAAAGAGCAGCGGGAGAUUAUCACUGCACUAGUAUUCCGACAUCUAAUCGAACACCUGCCACCCAAUCCGUACAAGAACAGAACAAGCGCAACAGACCGAUGGCUGGCGUUCUGGGAAGACGCAGUGAGAAACGAAUACGAUCAUCCGACGGAUCUUACGACGGAUCCUCCGACGGAUCAUCCUCUCAAAGGCCUUGUGAACGAAAAGGUUUUCCCUAAGCUCCCAGCCCCCUUAGUCGAUCCCACCACAGGACUGCCUAUCACUAGAGGCUCCACGGAAGAGUCCGUCACCAGAGAUUCCAAAGGGGCAAUCGAUGAGAUAGGAGAGAAAGCACAAAUGUACAGGUGGGGAAAAGAACUGUUUGGCAUUCUGAGCAAGAAUAUCCACGCACUUGAAGCAAAGGGCAAGGAGGGAUACAAGGUCGGCAGUGAUCACUAG